UUGGUCGGACUCGGAGCCGAGGAGGGGGGCACUGUUAUCAUCCGUCAGGGCUGUGAGUCGAGCUUUUGUCCAGAAGAAAUGGCUGGGAUCAAAGCUCUCAUUAGCCUUUCCUUUGGAGGGGCCAUUGGCCUCAUGUUCCUCAUGCUAGGAUGUGCCCUCCCUGUGUAUGACAAAUACUGGCCUUUGUUCCUCCUUUUCUUCUACAUCCUCUCCCCCAUCCCAUACUGCAUCUCGCGGAGGGUGGCUGACGACACAGACUCAGCCAGUAAUGCCUGCAAAGAGCUGGCCAUCUUCCUCACAACGGGCAUUGUCAUUUCAGCCUUUGGCCUGCCCAUCGUCUUUGCCAGAGCUGGAGUAAUCGCCUGGGGGGCAUGUGCGCUCGUGUUAACGGGUAACGUAGUGAUCUUCGCGACCAUCCUGGGCUUCUUCCUGGUCUUUGGAUCCAACGAUGACUUCAGUUGGCAGCAGUGGUAAAACAGCAGGGGGAGGGGAGGGGGGAAGUUAGUCUGAACUGUUUUUAUUAGCGUUACAGUUAUUAUUAUGGUAUUACUGUUUGGUUCUUGUUGUUGUUAUUUAUAUGAUGACCGCCCAUCCAUAGACUCACACCAAACCAGUGCAAUACUUUAUUUUUUUCUUGUUUUUUAUUCUACCGCCUGCAUCAUACUGAACUGACACAAGUGAGAUGGAAAAUGCUGACUAUAAGUUGGAUUUGUACUUAUUUUAGUCACUCUGUAUGACUUCUGUGUUUGUGAUUUUUCUCCAUGUGUGUCUGCUUUCAUUUUAAACAUUGUGAGCUUAUUAGCUUCUUGUAAAAAAGACUACAAGUGAAUGUCGAAAUAUGACAUGAUGUGACUGAAAGGCACAGGAUUGCACAGUCUGUGCCCCCUUGUCUCCAUUUAAUAACACUCUAGAAAUAUCUGGAACAACACUAUGAGAGCACAGAUUGUUGUGCAUUUCAAGUGCUGAGUUGAGAAUAAAUCAGCAGAAAACUGUUGAAAGAUCUGCACAGAACAAGCUCCGAUUACACCUGACACUGGUCUUAUUGAUUGAAACUGUGUCUAUUUUUAUUUGUUACAGUGACAGGUGAAAAGUAAGCUGAAGUAAUGCAGACUUUCAACAGCUCUGUGCUUAUUCAAUACUAAACAGUGAGGCUAGAAAAAAAUACCUACCAACCUUGAAUCGUUUGAUACCUGUUACAUUUUUAUGUCUAUUUAUUUUUCAUUUUCUGUUUAAGACUUUGCUCUAAGUAAACGUUUUGUCUUACCCCUUUGAAUGUCUUGAAGUCAUAAAAAAAUCACAUCUCAUGUUACAGACAUUGGGAGGCACAGUGAGUGAAUGUUCCUCCUGAUCCUGGAGACCCUCAUCAUCACCACAGAGAUCAAAUGAAACUGACUCUGUGUUUUCCAGGGUGCAAGUGAGCUGCAGGUUACUUGUUCACCAUGUUGUUUUGCACAUGAUAGCUUUUCCUAGGGCUGGGCAAUAUGGACUAAAAACCAUAUCUAAACAUUUUUGAGCUAAAUGGCGAACCCAGUAUGUAUCUUGAUCUUUAUUUCUGUAAAGAAAUAAAAAUGGUUGACCGAUACCAGCUUUAUAAACUUUGAUUUGAUUUGAUUUGAGUAAAAAUAAAACCAUGUUGGAACCUGACUGAUACUACGGCAACAAAAGUAGACAUUCUAGACAUCCAAUAUUAGAUCGUUUUUCUUUUUUUGUUCUCAAAAAUGGCAGAGAAACUCCUUCACACUGUCUUUAUUGUACAAAAACAUUGGCAACAUUGCUGUACAUUGAGGUUGCUAAUUUUUUCUAUACUCCUAAAAAACCAUGUGUUUCAUAAUGAGAAAAUCUGCAUUAUUUUAAUGAUUGGUGUAUAAAAAAAGUACAGAAACUUGUGGAUCAGUCAUAUACAAAUAUUUUAAAGAUAACUAUUUGGGCUUUUUGCCCUUAUUCUGAUAGGACAGCUGAAGAGAGACAGGAAGCAGGAGGAUGGUGUAGGAAAGCAUGCACCAAACGGCACUGGGGUUGGGAUUUGAUCCCGAAGCUAGUGCAUUGAGGGACACCUGCUCCACCAACUGAGCUAACCUGGCCCCCUCUGGUCAUAAUUUUAAACAAGACCGAGAGAUCAAUGUCUUGCAGUAUUUGGUAGACUUGUGAGGAUGAGGGUUUUCCUCAUUCUUUGCCAUUUCCACCCACCCAUUUGUGCUGGAGAUACCCAAUAUUAUCAGUACAAUAUUGGUAUCAGCAGAUAUGAAAAUAUCAGUCAAUAUUUUUGCUAUAAAAUCUUAAAAUCUCCUUUUUCAGCUGUAAAUAUUGGCUAAUAAAAAUAAAAUAGUGGAGUUUUAGGUUGGAACAACAGACCUAUGUCAGCUGAAGUAUUGUUCUUUAUUCAUCAUCAUUCCUUACACUUUAACAUGUAUUUUAUGGACCAAAGGUGUCUGAUCUUCAUUUCAAUAUCAGCAUCAAUAUCGGCUAAAAUUAAUUUGUAAAAUUGGCAUAUCAAAUUUCAGCAUAAAUCCAAAAUUGUGCAUCCCUAAUUUGUGCAAUUUAAAUAGUGUGCAUAAGUUUAAAUGCCACCUUAGAAAAAAGAGCAAUAAACUGCCCAAUAUUUAGAGUCUAGAACUUCUAUUUUUUGUUGCUAUGGUAUCUUACAGUUAUCAAUAGGUUUGGAUUUUUACUGAUAAUAAAAAUUCUCCUAAACUGAAUAGAAGAAAAAUCCCUUUUUAGUUUAACUAUUUUAAAUAGAUUAUGUUGUGGCCAAUAGGUUUGUUACUGUUAGUAGCUUUUACCACUAAGCAUUGGGCUUUGCAUCUAUUUGUUCCGAUAAUUCAUUGAACAUUGAACUCACUAGUGGCCAGAUGAGGAUGAUAGAAAUGUCAUUUAAAUGCUGCAUCAUCUAUAAUUCAUACAAAUGAUAAUGUCUUACUAUUGUCUGAUUUGAAAAUAUAUCAUUUUAUCUCUAAAAAUCUUGUUAUAUUACCCAGCCCUAGCUCUUACCUCCAUCUAAGUAUGGGUAAGCUUUGCCUCUUCAGGUCAAGAAAGCAUGAGUAGCCCAUGGAAGCUGCCAGCUAGUGUAGGAUUAGCUUAAGGACAGCAGCCUCGUGUGAAAGUCAGCCAAGAUAAGAACUGGGCCAAUUAUAAUCAAGUCCUGUUCAGUCACUGACAGCCGUUAAAUGUGACUCCUUCAAAAUAAAAGAACUCAGCUGCAUUGAGGUUGAAUUUCUCUGUAGAAGCACAUAUUGGCGUCACAUUUCUUCACACCAGCAUUUCCUGUUUUUGGUUCUGAGAUGUUGUAUGUCCUUUGGCAUGUUUGUAGGAAAGUUGUCUACUGGUUUGUUUAAUCUGUCUGCAGCUUUGGGAUCAGCAGAGUCUGCUGUCCUGUCAGGCACAGCGCUCUUGUUUGCUAUUUGACUGUAUUAGUGGACACUAAACAAGCUAGCAAGCAUCUGCUGCCUCAUUUAUGCACUGGCAUGUUGAAUAGAGCGUUUGUGCUCUCUGAAAGAUUAAAAACAUUAUUUUAAAAACACUGGAGCUCUAUAAUUAGUUCUCACCCCUUUAAUCCUUAACUAAAUGAAUAAUAUCCAGAAUUUUGCCUCCCAGAAUAAAUUCCAUUUUCAUAAACCCUUUUGUCUAAUUGUUAGGACCACACACAGUCAUUGAGAGAUUUUAGAGGAAUUAAAGAAUUAGUUAAACAUUUGAGCCUGAGAGCAAUUAGCAUUAAGACGAGAAACAGGGGGGUGACAGCUAUAGCUUCUAACAGUUCAUAAAUAAGUCUUUGGACACCUCUAAGCUUAUUAUACACAACAGAAAACAAAUAUUUACAUAUGAACUGUGGGUUAAUGGGGAGCUUAUUCACUUACCUAACUCCCUUAUGUACUAUUUCUUAAUUGCUCUGUUUGUGUCAGAGUCCAACAGACGAGAUACAACAUGUUUAUCUAUAAAGUUAAGAGAUGUUUGAUUAGAGCCAUUAAAGCUGUUUACCCCCACUGCCAGUCUUUAAAGCUAACUAAUUACCUACAAGCACAGGCAUGAAACCAUCUGCAAGCAAAGGACUGUUUUUCACUACGUCAAACUUGGGCUGCAACGUACAAGUAUGUUUGUUUUCCAUAAAUCUUUUGACUUUUUUGUUCAUAAACAGGCAAAGGAUAGUCUACUUUUGCGAGACGGUGGAAAAUAAUCCAAAUUGUGAAGCUUGAAAGCAGAAUUUUGUCAUUUGUAGCUUCAAAACGCUGUUACAGUGGAUCAAAAUGGAUUUUAAUGUGUGUAUAAAUCAAUAAAGAAUCAAUCAAUCAACAGGAAAUGUAACAAAUAACCUAAAAAGUUCAAACUAUCUUCACAAACUACUGCUUUCUGUUAUCUUACUGACAGACUUGUAUGGUUUCGUACCUUGACAUGUUUCGAUUGCUAAGUUCCUUCAGUGUUUGGCUGUCAUGCCUACUGGUGUCUUGUGGCUUCUAGAAGACAGCCAUCCCAGGUGUGGGACAACAUAUAAGGCCCUUACAGAGCGCAAUGAGAAAGUCAGACAUAAACACGCCAGUAAAACCACAUGCAAAACAAUUACAAUCCAUCAAAGAAAAGGCUGAACAGGAGGACUUAAAAUUAGGCAUAUCAGACCAGAGCAAAUGGGGAAAAUUACAUCAUGGACUAGGAAAACACCAGUGUUAUUUGCCCUGAGAGCAGCAAGUACGACUGAUGGAUCCGGGAAGCUUAUAUUCAGCAGGAAAAGUUGUCGUCCUGUCAAUUUAGACAGGAUGACCAAACCUGCAUAAGAUCAGCUGAUAGCACACGUCAGAGCAACAUCACAUGACUCUUCCGAAGAAGACUGCAGAGUCUUAAAGGUCACAUAUAAUGCAAAAUGAACUUUUUCAGGCUUUUCUCGCAAAAAUAUGUGCCCCUGGCUUGUCCACAAUCCCCCCAAGAAUCAGAAGAAUCCAUUCCCUUCCCUACCAGCUUUCAGAAAACGUGUGCUGAAACAAGCCAUUCUCAGAUUUUCCCCUGAUGAUGUCGUGGGGAGUUAGCACCACCCCCAGGUUCGGUUGACCCUCCCGCUUAGGAGAAAGUCUGCCCUCCUCUCCUGAGAGCCACAUCCUUUAAGCCACAUACAUUUCCUGAAAGGGCAGAGUUAGACAGCUCAUUAACAUUUAAAGCUACAGACACAGAAACAGCUCGUUCUGAGCAGGGCUGAAUCAGAGGGUUUUUAAACAUGCAAAAAUCCAACACUGGAGUGUUUUUUUCAGCAACAGACUACACAGGCAUGUUUUGGGGACCUCAGAGACCAAAACAAACUAGUCUUAAAAGGGAAUAUAUAUGACCUUCUAACAGUCGAAACAUGUCAGUGAAUCACAAAACUGUACUCAUCUGUCAGUAAGAAAACACAGAAAUAAGUUAAUUUUACAGCUGUUGUUUGGACUAUUUGUUAGAUCUCGUGAAAUUAACAACUUCAGUUUAUGAAAAGAUAGGAAGCCCUAGUUUAACCUAAGUCUUGCAGGCCUCCUUACAUAAAGGAGUCUAAAGACGCAAAACAAGUCGGCUCACCAGGACGCUCUUCAGAAAGAUUUACUUUGCAACCAGUAAUAUUGAAAGGCAACAUGAUUUGCAAAUGUACAAGUGAGUAGCCAUCUUGAACAAUUUAACAGUUGGAUUACGUGCUUUUAAAGAUUGCUGCUCACUUACAUUUGCUGUAGAGGAUCGUGCAUGAAUUCUUGUACAGGAGCUUCCUGAUGUGCAGACUCUUUUUGCAUGUCUGUUUUUGUGACUCCUUUUCUAGUCGUCAAAAUUUUCAAAACUUCAUAUAUGACUUCUUUUCAAGCAACACAUCCCCCCUUUUUAAUGAGAAAUGGUAUGAAAAGGUACUAAAGCUGUAAAAAGCCACAGAUCUUCAACCUUAUUUUUAACUUAAAGCUGCUGUGAGCAAAAGAGAGCACUAAAUUGCACAAAUAUGAUGGCUAUGUUUUUACACAGAAACAUUGCUGUUGUAUUUAGUACAAUAUACUAAAGAGUGCAGGAGUUUGCCUGCAAUUUUUUGUUUUUAAGUAUAAGAAAUUGUCCUAAAUUGUGUGCCUCUGACAUCUUUUUUUUGUUGCAGUUGAAGUGAAACAGGCACAGAAAUUGUUUGAUUUGAGUGUAACCAUAUCUGACUUAAAAUGAUGGUAUUGUGAAAGCUCUAAAUCAUUGGAAAUCUGCUAAAGGAACAUCUAAGUUUUAGCUUCGUGUUAACACUUGUCACGCUGUUGUGAUAUUUUUAUCCUCUAUUGUCUUUCAGAGAUCACAACCACAUAAAGGUACUAAAUGCACCAUAGCAAGGGCAGCUUUUUCUGUUAAAUUCUAAGUUAUUUAAUAUUGAAAACUACUGACAUGAUUGGUGCAUUUUACUGUGUAACAACACUUUGAAUCAGAUUGCUCUUAAUCGUAAAUUCAGCCGUUGGUGUGUGGUUGGAUGAGCAGGGUAAUUCCAUUUUGUGAACACUCAUGUAUCACUUUAUUCAUUUUAAGCUCAGUUUUUUCAAAUGUUCUCUUAUUUUCUGUUCUGUAGUCCGACUCCCCGAUGUGACAGAAUCUGCUGUGAAUCUGUGGGACGGGUUUCUUUGUGUUUUAUUUGAAGAGCAAUGUUACACUUUUGUUUCACAGAUCUGGGAGAAAGUUGUAUUUAUUUAUUUUUAUUUUAUUGGACGCUUUGUGUCGAUGUCCAACGCCAUUUUCUAUCUACAACGUUUGUGUUAAAGAGGCAGGAGUCAGCAUGGUGGAUUUUCUUUUUUUAAUAAAGGCCAUUUUUGAA